AGGAAGGCUAUGCCUGUUGUCAUUCUCCGGUUGUCGAGCCGAACUGUUCGUUGUCGUCGCCGUCGUUGUCAUCCGCCCGUCUGUAACCAGUUGUCAAAAUGUCGAGACUGCCAUCCGCUCAACAGUUGACCGAACACAAAAACGCCACUAAAACUGCUCCAGUCCUUACGUCUGGCUCGGGAAAUCCUCUUGAUACCAAGACAGCAUCCUUGACCGUCGGCCCAAAAGGCCCUGUACUUCUUCAGGAUUUUGCUCUUCUCGAUGAACUCGCUCAUUUCGACCGGGAGAGGAUUCCAGAACGUGUCGUCCAUGCCAAAGGAGGAGGAGCUUUCGGUUACUUCGAAUGCACCAACGAUGUGAGGAAAUACACGAAGCUCUCCGUAUUUUCAAAAGUCGGAAAAAAGACGCCGGUGGCGGUCCGAUUUUCGACUGUCGGAGGGGAAAGCGGUUCUGCAGAUACUGCAAGAGAUCCACGUGGUUUCGCUGUAAAAUUCUACGCCGAAGAUGGAAACUGGGAUGUUGUCGGAAACAACACGCCCAUAUUUUUCAUUCGUGACCCGAUUCUUUUUCCAAGUUUUAUUCAUACGCAGAAAAGAAACCCAGUGACACAUCUCAAGGAUGCUGAUAUGUUCUGGGACUUCAUUUCUCUAAGGCCUGAGACUACUCAUCAGGUCAUGUUUUUGUUUUCCGACAGAGGAACACCAGACGGUUUCAGGCAUAUGAAUGGAUACGGAUCUCAUACAUUUAAAUUAGUUAAUGAUAAAAAUGAAGCCGUUUACUGCAAAUUUCAUUACAAGACUGAUCAAGGGAUCAAAAACUUGUCUUCAGAGAAAGCUGCAGAAUUAUCUGGAUCUGAUCCGGAUUACAGCAUCAGAGAUCUGUAUAACGCUAUUGCAAACAAAGAGUACCCGUCAUGGACCUGGUAUCUCCAAGUAAUGACUUUCGAACAGGCUGAAAAAGUUAAAUUUAACCCUUUUGAUUUAACCAAGGUUUGGCCACAUUCUGAAUUUCCGUUGAUCCCAGUUGGAAAAAUGGUUUUAGAUCGCAAUCCCAAGAAUUACUUCGCAGAGGUCGAGCAGAUCGCAUUUAGCCCUGCCCAUAUGCUGCCUGGUGUAGAACCAAGCCCAGACAAAAUGUUACAAGGAAGAUUGUUUUCAUACAGUGACACCCAUCGUCACAGACUCGGAGCAAACUAUCUCCAACUCCCGGUCAAUUGCCCUUACAGGGCCACAGUUGCGAAUUCUCAGAGGGAUGGCCCUGCAGCAUAUGGCGAGAACCAAGGCGGUGCACCGAACUAUCACCCUAACAGUUUCUCAGGACCGUCGUCCAGUACUGUUCACGCAAUUUCCAAAUUCUUUAUUUCUGGAGAUGUCCAAAAGGUUGAAACAGGAGAAGAGGACAAUUUCUCCCAAGCAGGCAUAUUCUGGCGUAGGACCCUUAGCAAUGAAGAGCGUAAGAGGCUUGUAGCAAACAUAGUUGGAAGUUUGAAGGAUGCUGCUGACUUCAUCCAGGAAAGAACUGUUAAGAACUUCAGCCAAGUUAAUCCUGAAUUUGGAGAGAUGCUUGCUGAUGGCUUGCGCAAAGUCAACCGCUGCCCAAAACCACAUAUGAUGUUGGUGUGUUGGGCAAUACUGUUCCUGCAGUUGUCGAGGGCUUUUGCUAAUAAUAAUAACCCUGGAUAUCAGUACAGCUAUUAUGUGAGAGACGUUAACACAGGAGAUUAUAAAACUCAGGAAGAGUCUCGUAUCGGUGAUACAGUCAGAGGAAGUUACACAGUUGGAGAACCAAAUGGUGACUUACGAGUAGUGACAUAUCAUGCAGACAAGAAUACAGGCUUCAAUGCCCAUGUUCAGGUACAACCUGGUGGUGUUCAGAUGUUAAGCAGUGAUUACAACCCACAACCCUAUCCAGAAUUAAUGAGGAGUAUACCGAGAUAUCAAAAAAGGACGGGAUUCCCGCAGCUUGAAAUAAAAGUUGUCCCACCCCUAAGUCAAUUAUUUCCAACAAAGCCAACAGUAUUGCCGUCUUAUAAAAAUAUCGAAGAAACUAGACAUAUCGACAGCGAAAAAACUUUAGAAGUCGUUAAUGCUGAAAUUUUACAGACGACUACUGAACAGACAGUUGGCAGUGAGGAAACAACCAAAGACGUGGCAUUUAACGAAGUAGCGACGACAAUGAAUGUAGCAGAUGUUAAUGAAACUGUCCUUACUGAUGAAACGAACCAUGAAGAUUUAAAAUUAAGCAAAGAAUCGAAUGAUUAUAAAGAACACCUCUGUGAAGUUAUUUGUAAGCAAAAACCAGAUGAGGAAGGAAGAGCGCAUCUAAAACCAGAUGAAGACAAAGUCCAGGUUGAAAUGGAACAAGUUAUAAGGGCAGAAAUGCCAGAAUCUACUGCUAUCAACAUGGGAGUACCUUACGAACGUUAUCAACACAACAAUCCGCAAAGCCAUAAACAAUAUUUUUCCCAAGGAAAUCCUGUAAGAUACAAACCACAAGAACAAUCUCACGCAUUAACUGCAUAUCCUACUAAAAACAUACUUCAACAAAUAUUGCCACCAUCUUAUUACCAAAGUAAACUGUUUCUACUUCCUUUCAAUAUGAAUAUGAACAGUCAUGAUUAUGCCACAUUGAAAAAUCCAUCGGUCCAACAGCGACCACAUCAGUUGAAAAAGGAAGAUGAGAAUGAAAAAAAAUUUUCCCAAGCGAAACAACAUACGCAAAGUAUACAAAACUACCCCUCACAAGCAACAAACCAACAACAAACAAACAUAGCUCAUAUUUAUCCAGUAUACACAACUGGACUCGCAUUCCUUGUAAUGCCGAGAAUGCAGUGAAUAUUGUUAUAUCUGGCCUAAUGGCUGCUUUUUAAAGAAACACUGGGAGUUUUGCUUGAUUUGAAUUUUCUUAAACAAUUUGUUUAACAUUGCUCAAUUUUUGUACUGAGGUUUUCAAUCGAAAUAUAAAAUAAAAUAUAAUUUCAUGUCUCACAAGAAA